UUAUCCUCAUUCCUUUGUAGUGCGAGUAAAAAAAGAACACCUAAUUUGGAAAUAAAUUAAAACAAUUCAAUCCCGCAAGAGGGCGAUGAUGACAAGUCAUCAGGAUAAAGCCGCAAUGAAUAAAUUUAUAGUCAAGUGCUAUCCGAUGCACGCCCUUUUGUUUAUCCAUAUAAAUAUGUUUCUUGUUGUGCUUUCUUGAUUUGCAUUUACAUGUGCGCUUCUGCUCACCCCCCAGAAGAGGAGGACCCAGAAAUCUUUUUCUUGUUUUCUCCAUUGAUUUGCAAUUUUGCAGAGAUCGGAUUGGAUCAGUCCCUCCUUCUUGUUAUUGUUGUUGUUGUUGUUGUUGUUGUUGUUCAACAGUUCUCUGCAAUCUUGUUCUGUCUUGGUGGGUUCUUGGUGAUGAUCAGGACGAAAAUGGGUGGAGAAAAGCAGAGCUUCGGGGACACGGAGGAUCCGAAGCUUGUGGAUGCGAGUGGAGGAGGCGGGGGUGAGCGUUAUGAGUCUGAAUCCUCCAUGGGAGACUCUCUGAUGUCUGAUGAGUCAUCGUCGUGCUCAUCAUCAGAAUUGGCAGAGGAUGCAUCUUCCUCAACAUUGUGUUCUUCUUCCUCCUCCUCCUCAUCAUCGACCUCUUUGUCAAAUUGCCGUGGGCCUUUGUAUGAACUAUCUGAGCUCAUGACCCAACUACCCAUAAAGAGAGGGCUUUCCAAGUUUUACCAAGGGAAGUCCCAGUCAUUCACAUCCCUAGCCAGAGUCCAGAGCAUAGAAGACCUUGUGAAGAAAGAGAACCCUUACAGGAAAAGGUUGAAAACGUGCGAGAGCUUUGCAGGAGCGUUGGACAAACAUAGCCAGAAGUCAUACAGCCCAAGGCCUACCAUAUCGAAGAAGAGUUCGAUUUCGAAGGGUUCAUUUUUAUCGUCUUCUUCACUGAGCAAGAUAGGUCCUUCAGUGGCUAGUCUUGCCACGAAUCCUAGCCCUGUGGUCAAGACCUUCCAUGGUUGAAAAACACUCCUGCCAGGGACAGAAUCCUAGAACUUGUUAGGAAACAAAUGUAAAGUUUGUUCUGUUUUUUUGUUGACAGAUUCAUUGACUGCUCUGUGAAGAGAUUUUA